ACAGCACUGAGCAUGUCUGCAGCAGGCUGUGUUGUCAGGCAAAUUAAGCUAGUCGGAGCUUCGGAGAGCUGCCACACACAAACCGCCGCGAGAGAGGAUCAAGCCGGCAGGCCACAGGGUCCAUUGUCACGCAGAGGGCAGUUGCCGUGGAAACCGAGGAAGGCAGAAUGGAAGGCAGCCGCGCCGUCCUGCCUUUAGAGCACGUCUGAUGCACGCAGGCGAUGAUCGAUUGAAUGCCAGGCUCUCCGUUUGCUUGAUUCUCAAUGCUGAGGCUCUCCUGUCAAUCUCUGUGUCUGCAGGACGUCAAGGGUCAGUACUGGACAGACGAUGAUUCAGAUGGAGACAAUGACUCGGAGGAGUUCCUUUAUGGGAUACAGGGAAGCUGUGCGGCUGACCUGUACCGCCAUCCACAGCUGGACGUGGACAUUGAAGCAGUGAAGGAGAUCUACAGCGACACAGCUGUGUCUGUCAGGGAGUAUGGGACCAUUGAUGAUGUGGACAUCGAUUUGCAAAUUAACAUCAGCUUCCUGGAUGAGGAGGUGGCGACGGCGUGGAAGGUGAUUCGAACUGAGCCCAUCAUCCUGCGCCUCCGCUUCUCCCUGUCUCAGUACCUCGAUGGGCCAGAGCCGUCUGUGGAGGUCUUCCAGCCGUCCAACAAGGAGGGGUUCAGCCUGGGCCUGCAGCUGAAGAAGAUCCUCAGCACGUUCACGUCCCAGCAGUGGAAGCACCUGAGCAACGACUUCUUGAAGACGCAGCAGGAGAAGCGGCACAGCUGGUUCAAGGCUGGUGGGACCAUCAAGAAGUUUCGAGCUGGUCUGAGCAUCUUUUCACCCAUCCCCAAGUCUCCCAGCUUCCCCCUCAUGCAGGACUCGGCUCUGAAAGGCAAGCUGGGUGUGCCAGAGCUUCGGGUGACACGCCUCAUGAACCGCUCCAUUUCGUGCACCAUGAAGAACCCCAAAGGAGAGCUCUUUGGCUACCCCACCGCCAGCCAGAGCGCGGCUGUUCCCGCUGCCAGGCCGCCCCCGCAGAUUACCAUGAAGCAGCUGAUUGAAUUGUUUUUCUCAUCCCAGGCGGGAGGCCACUGCAAGAACAUCCCAACACUGGAGUACGGCUUCCUCGUCCAGAUCAUGAAAUACGCCGAGCAGCGGAUCCCAACUCUGAACGAGUACUGCGUUGUGUGUGACGAGCAGCACGUCUUUCAGAACGGCUCGAUGCUCAAGCCCGCCGUUUGCACGAGGGAGCUUUGCGUCUUCUCCUUCUACACCCUGGGCGUCAUGUCUGGAGCAGCCGAGGAGGUGGCCACUGGGGCAGAGGUGGUGGACCUGCUGGUGGCCAUGUGCAGAGCUGCCCUGGAGUCGCCCCGGAAGAGCAUCAUCUUUGAGCCAUACCCCUCGGUCGUGGACCCCAACGACCCCAAGACCCUGGCCUUUAAUCCAAAGAAGAAGAACUACGAGAGGCUUCAAAAGGCUCUGGACAGUGUGAUGUCCAUUCGGGAGAUGACACAGGGUUCCUACCUGGAAAUUAAGAAACAGAUGGACAAACUGGACCCUUUGGCCCACCCUCUGCUCCAGUGGAUCAUCUCAAGUAACCGGUCGCACAUCGUCAAGCUGCCGCUGAGCCGGCAACUCAAGUUCAUGCACACAUCCCACCAGUUCCUGCUGCUCAGCAGUCCCCCUGCCAAGGAGGCCCGCUUCCGGACCGCCAAGAAGCUGUAUGGCAGUACCUUUGCCUUCCAUGGUUCCCAUAUAGAGAACUGGCACUCCAUUCUGAGAAAUGGACUAGUCAAUGCUUCUUAUACCAAACUGCAGCUGCACGGGGCAGCAUACGGGAAGGGCAUCUAUCUGAGCCCCAUCUCCAGCAUAUCCUUCGGAUACUCAGGCAUGGGCAAAGGACAACACCGAAUGCCUUCAAAGGACGAGCUGGUGCAGCGCUACAACAGGAUGAACACCAUCCCACAGAGCCGACCUAUCCAGUCGAGGUUCCUUCAGAGCCGCAAUUUAAACUGCAUUGCGCUUUGUGAGGUGAUAACAUCGAAAGACCUUCAGAAGCACGGCAACAUCUGGGUGUGCCCGGUGUCGGACCACGUCUGCACCCGCUUCUUCUUCGUGUACGAGGAUGGCCAGGUGGGAGACGCCAACAUCAACACUCAGGAGCCCAAAAUCCAGAAGGAGAUCAUGCGUGUGAUCGGAACUCAGGUCUACUCGGGCUGAAGGCAACGGAGCGGUGGCGGUGGCCAUCGCAGGCUGACACCCCCCUCUCUCUGUCCCUGCCUUCCCCAAGAGUGACAGGAGCCAGGUUACCCAGGACGGAGUCCUGAGAGGCGCCGCCUGCGGGGGGCGCUGGACCACAUGCCUUUGCCUACUGUGACUAGCCUCGAGAAGACCACCGAGCCUCCGCGGUGGCCUGGUCUUGCCUCCGAGGGCCAAGGACGAGUGACGCGUCGGGACGCAGGGAGACCUCAGCAAUAAGGAGCAGAGCGCAGGCCUGUGCCGCUGGGGUUCGAGGGCGCCCCCUGCUGUCUGUGUUUCUGGAUGUGCUGUGUGUCAUCACUCCUGUGAAUAAAAAAACAAACUUCUG